CUCAUUUCAGUCGACGCUGAGCCGUCGCGCGCGCGCGUUGUUUCAAAUUUUUCCGCGCCUUCGAACUGUCGCGUCUUGUUCGCUCGCGCGUACGUGUCACGACGGUGUGCGCUCGCGGGAGAGAGGGUACGGCCGAGGAACUCGUGUGAGAAGAUCGCGAUACGACAUGGCAGAUUCUCGGGGUGAUGAUCCGGCACGCGUCGCGUGAGUGCAUUGCUCUCGAUCCGGCGGCCGAUCGGCGAACAAGUGAGACGGUAGUGUCGCGCGUCGUCCGCUCGUCGCUUCGGGUUCGUUUGUUGGAUUAUUGUUGAUUGUUCCGGCCUGAUCUACCGCGACCUUCGCUGCGCGUCAUCUCGUCGCACGGAUACCGGGGGGUCGUCGGACGUCGGAGCAGCUGCUGGAACACUCGUCGGAGCAGACAUGGACUUCGUAAUAUUGAAGGUGAACGGACAGGACGUUUCGAACUCUAGUCACGAAGAUGCUGUGCGCUGCUUCCAGUCGGCCCAGGAGCCAAUUAUCGUUGAAGUUCUUCGACGACAACCGGCGCAUCAACAGGUUCCUCACACGCCCUCAAAGGAGCACGAAAGGAUCGCGUGCCAGGAUAAGAGUGAGGGAACGACGAACGGGAGGGGUCCGAUAGACGAUAGAACGUGCAACGACGAUGCGAAAAAGGACACGGCGUCCCCCUUGGUGUCGACCGCGGUCCAAACAGACUGGGCCGGUCUCAUUGAGGAAGAGGAGCUACUUCCGGUUCCUCUCGUAGUCGAGGAACAGGCGAACGACAGCUUCGAGGACCUUCUCGCUCACGACAUCGACUUCGAGGAGGUGACGUUGCGGAAAAGCGGAAGUGCCGAGAAGCUCGGGCUGACGGUGUGUUAUAGCUCCGGUUCCGGCAGCGAGGACGCCGACACAGAAGUUUAUAUCUCGGAAAUAGUUCCUGAAAGUCUCGCGGCCCGGGACGGCCGGCUGCGAGAGGGAGAUCAAAUCUUGCGGGUCAACGGCAAGGAUGUCGCGAACAAGGAGCAAACCGAGAACUUGUUUGCGGAGACGAAAAAUGCAGUGACGAUCCUCGUCAGCCGAUGCCUGUAUCAAGACGAGGAGUACGAUGACAGGCGCAUCUAUCAUCAGGGCUCGCCGCCGCUCUCGCCUGAGAAUCUACCGGCGUAUCAGAACAGCAUGAUCGAGCAGCUGAUCCGUCAACAGCAGCAGCAAACAGAGGAGCGUACCAAAGAAAGCGAGGUAAACAACUCCACCUUGAAAGCGCCUCCUCCUAUACCUUCUCAUACUCAACAACAACAGCAGCAGCAGCAACAACAGCAGCAGCAGCAACAACAGCCGGUCAACAUUUUCUCCACGAACUCGUCGUCCACGUGCUCGUCGCAGAACUCGCAAAAGUCCAGCAAGAACGCGACCUCCCCGGCGCACCACACGGAGGAGCGCAAGCAAUGGAUGCAGGACGCCCUGAAGGACUGCUCGAAGAGGCUCGACGGGAUUACCUUGCGCGGACAACAGUCCGGGCCGCCGGUGAAGCUCGUCGAGGCGUACUCGAGCCACGUGUGGAGCGACACCGAGCACAUCUACGAGACGAUACCGGAGUCGGACAGCGAGCCGAUCUACUCGUCGCCGUACGAACACCACCAGCAUUGGACGACGCAGACAUCGACGACGACGAACCAUGCGGCGACGUUGCAGCACCCGCCGCCGAACCACCAGGCGACCGUCGGCAAUCAGAAGUGGCACUCCUCCUCGAAGAGCAACAGCUCCGGCGAGGAGAAGGACAGCUCGAGCGCGUACAACACCGGCGAGUCUUGCCACAGCAAUCCUCUCACCCUGGAGCUCCACCAAGGCGAGCGGGAUCACCACAAGAGCACGUUGGUGCUGUGCCCGCCGAAGGCGGCGGCGGCGGCGGCGCCGCCGCCGCCGCCGCAGCAGUCGACGCCGCAGCAGAAGCUCGGCUGCAACUGCCCCAUGCCGGUGACGCCGAGCGCGACUUCCGCCGGCAGGCAGUCGAAAAACCAGAGCGCGAGGAAGAGCUCGUCGUCGUCCCAUCAUCACCGGGAGCGCAACGAGCCGGCGAUGACGAACGCGAACACGCUGCCGGCCGACACGAUGUACACGAACGUGGCGAACCUGCAGCAGACGAUGAUGCUGCAGCAGCAGCUGUUCAAGCAGGCGCUGAACCGGCGGAACCUCACGACGAAGGAAGCCGGUGGCGGCACGCGGAAGUCCAAGUCCCACGGUAACUUCCAGGCGCCGAACCUGACGCAAUAUCAGUUCGUCGGCAGCCAGCAGGUGUGCACGUCCACCACGUGGAUACCGCCGGAGGACAAGGGCGAGGUGCAGAUGGAGUGGAAGGUGAAAAGGCGGGCGGACGGGACGAGGUACAUCGCCAGGCGGCCCGUGAGGAAUCGGAUCUUGCGCAACAGGGCGAUCAAGAUAUCCGAGGAGAGAGCCGGCCACACCACCGAGGACGAUACAAUGUCGGAGAUGAAGGUGAGCGCGGCUCGAUGGUCGCGGUACGACCGAAUCUCGACUGAACUUAAGGUAGGGCGGUACUGGAGCAAGGAGGAGCGUAAGCGGCAACUGGAGCGCGCGCGCGAGCGCAAGCAACGGCAGCAGGAGCUGUUGCUGCAGCAGCAGCAGCAGCAGAUGCAACAGACCAACGACGUGCCGAUAUGCGAACACACGGAGGACAAGGUAUCGAAAAAGCCGCUGAACAUCGUGGAACUCAGUCACAAGAAGAUGGCGCGCAAAAAGACGACCCUGGACGACUUCACCACCGUGCAAGAAAUGUUGGUUCACGGGAACAGGGUGGGAGCAGGUGGCCCUGGCACGGGGGGGAAAUUAAUGGGUCUACUGUCGGUUACCACAGUAUAAGCGGACUCGGUUGUACCUUUUAGUUGUCGAAGUUUCAAUCGCUCGUCCUUCAGCCGCCGCGUCCCGUCGUCGCGAGCAUCCGCGGAUUCGUGGACGUUGAAACGCGCAUGAAGACACGCGUCUCUCGCAGCGAGAGAGGAAGAGAGAGAAAGAUAUGGCUUUUGACGACGCGCGUGUGGGAGAGAUUCUGAAACUUUUACGCGAUCCGCGCAACACAUUGUGCGAGGCAUCCCGCUCACGGACCGGAUAACGAGCUGAAAGGUGUCUGAUAUUUGUUCGGACAAUCUCUGGCGAGACUGUUCGCUCGAGAUACGCAUGUAUACGCGCGUAUACGGAAAAAAUCGGUUCCUGCUACUGAAGAGGACCCGGAUGAAAAGUCGGUGGUGAAAGAAAUGGCGCGUUUGCCAAGAAGAGACACAGGCGACACUGUCAACUAAGGAUGUUGUGAUAUCAUGAAAAUAUCGAUACUAAUAUUAAAAUGGGUCAUCUAAUCGAGAAUAUCGAUAUCAUUAGUGAUACCAGUAUCAGAACAGAAAUAUUGGUAUUGGUAUCCGAACUUUGUCUCUUAUAAGCUGCUUUUCAACUCUCGAUUGAGGGACCUGCGACAAUCGACUGAGCAGAAACCCGCAGGAAUCUCUCUGUUCUUACAACCGAGUUUUCGUCUGAUCCUCAGAUAGCGGAAAAUUCAAUCGCACCAACCGGAACUUCUCCGUGUACACGUGGUAGAAGUGCAUGAUAUUUACUCGGCGGCCGCGAUGCAAAGCGGAAUCCUUGUGGCGUCGCGGUGUUGGCUCCUCGAUGAAGAUGGAAAAACUUGAUGUCGCAGUUUUCGAAAUACGCAUAUACGUAGACGAUCACGAUGACCACGAAAAGCGAGGUAGUCUCGCCUAGAGUGAUCUCCCUUUAAGAAUUUGGAUAUCUCUGACUUUUCUUUUAUCAAAAAUAGCGUCCGGUUUGUCACUAGAAUGUCUCUAUUUAUGAAGAGUGUCUACAAUAUAUUGAAUUCAUAUCAGGCACAUUUUUCGGAAUAUAUAUGUGACUUAUUUUAUUAUGAGAAAGCGGGAUAAGAUAGUGGCGCUAAGAGAAGGACUUGAUAAAAACGAAACGAAAUUUUAAUUGAUUGAUUAAAAUUCAUCAAUAAUCAGAGUCGGAGAUGGCCAGCCUCUUAUUUGACCCGGACUUGAAACAGAAUGUGGCAUUCGGCGGUCUUCGGACACUUGUGAUUCCACGACGAGAGAGAGAAGCGCGUCGGACUGCAAUAACACAAAAAACGUGGGAGCUUGCGUUAUCGCUGUUUUGUGUACACAUGCGUGGAGUUUAUAUGCAGCACGUUCGCCCUAACCGAUUCUGUAAAUAUAUAUCUCCGUCGUACACGAUAUGAUAUAAUGUAGAUUUUACACGCGCGUGCGAGCGCACGCACGCCCGCCUGCACACGGCGAGAGGAUUUCACACGUGCGGUGGAAUACCUUCACCGUUGUGCCACGUGCUGGUGAUAAUAGAGUCUGUAGAUAUGUAUGAUAAACUUAAGCACGACGUAUGUAACGUGGCACACGUGGAUAUUCUUUUCGCUUUUCGCGCCAUGAGAGAGAGACCCGCGGCGUAUCCCGGGGAUCACCACCUUGACCUGAUUAGUUAAGGUAGAAACAAUCUGGUUCUGUUUUCUAUCGCUGCACUGGCUGCAUUUCUUUCGUGAGAUUGAGUGGGGAAGAGAGGAAAAGAGAACUGGUACGAGCUAGUGCAGCCAAUGCAGCAACAGACAAUCCAAUGUUAUUCACAGCACCGGUGGUACUCUCUUGUUUGUCUCUUCCUUUCUUUCUCUCUCUCUCUCUCUCUCUCUCUCUCUUUGGUCCGCUCACGCGAAUAUCGCUGUCUACAGAUCGUAGGGCACAUACGCAGCGUUGUGAUUUUUACACAGUUUUUGUAAAAGUAUUUAGGGAACGGACAGAGCGUCGUUGUCGUGAGAGAUACACGAUAUUAAGGGAGGCGCGACACCCGUGUAAUGCGUGUAAUCUCGCUGUCAAUCACCACAUGUCGCAUGCAGAGUCCAUCCAGUAUGAAUCUGGACUUUGGCUCCGACUUUUGACAUAGAGCCAUGAGUACUAAUUUUUUCGUGAAUAUCAAGGAUAUACACGCGAUGCUGAAGAAUAUCUACAUUUUCACUAAAUUCCCGCCUUAUCGUCACCAACUUUCAAGGCGAAAAGUUCACGUGAGAAGUUUUAUAUUUUCACAGUUUGAAAAGUUCCAUGAUCGUCGAGAGUUCGCCUGGAACUUUUCACAUUUCCGUCCUAGGGAAAUAUUUAUAUGAUCGCUGCCCGGACACAUUUUUAUAAGGAUCAUACAUGUGAUUUAUAUUAUUAUGUAUUUUCACAAUACUAUUUGUAAAAACAGAUUUUCUAAUUUCUUAAAAAUUAAUUUCUCUAUUACAUAUUCAUUUCACUAUAACUUGGCAUUUCCUAUCAUAGAAUAAUAUUUAAUUACAAACGAAAUCCCUUCAUUCAACUAAUCCUUAGUUCCAUUAUUUUUGACCAAGUAAGGAACUAAAGCAAUCAGUAAAACGUCGGAUAUGUCCAGACUCUUACUUGAGGGAAUCUAGUCGCAUGCAUCAAAGUCGAUCGUCACUUCUCGUUCGGGCUCUUUCUUCCGCUCGCGCCUCCCGUCUCGCCCGAGAGAGAUAAUCAAACACUAGGAUUCUAUACUGCCGAUAACCGUGAACCCUAUAUAUUUUAAAGCACAUUGUGCAUUGCACGCGCAUUGAAGAAAGGCGAGAAAAUGUGAAUAAGGAGCGCGCGUCAGGCAUGAUCAAUUAUCGCGACUACUUCCUUGACGACAGAGCUCACUACGUAAGGUAAUGUGGUGCGACCACGAAGAAACGAUGUUAGAUACAAACUAUAACGUUGUAGAAAAAUACCGCCGUACCGAUGUAGAUUAAGCACGUAAAAGCCCACGUAUGCUGUCUUUUGUAUGUAGAAUGCGACGUAACGAUUCUAAAAAAAAGAGGAAAAAAAACCCGGAAG